AUGGAAUCUAUUGACCGGCUGGGUCCAUCCGGCCCGAGCUCGAGCGGCCGACAGCAGACGGAUGGCUCUGGCCGCCUGAAGCUUCGCGUCUGCGACCACUGUAGAGUCUCAGAUACUGACUCGUCUUGCGCUUUCAGGAAGAAGAUCAAAUGUCCUCCCAAACGACUCGUCAACACUGCGGCCUUAGCAACCAGCUCUGCGCCAUCGAUGGAUUACGACCAGCAGGAGGCUGUUGAUCCCGCAUCCGUAUUAGACUCGGAAUUGACCGGCAACGAUCAAUUUCUAGAGGCACUCUUCCAGGGCGACGAUGGGUCAUGGGCGGAGGGCCUGUUGGGGUCUGAAGUGGCGGGGGGAGCUAAUGUCACAAUGCCCUUCACGAAUACGUCCACACCAAGUCUACCUCGUCAUAUUUCGUCAAAAACUGUCGGCGGGGCCUACGCACCCACGUAUUUGAGUCCGGAGGCGGAGGAAUUCUUACUGGAGCUAUACAUCCAUCACGUACAGCCAGUAUAUCCGCUUCUACGCUUCUCCGCAUCGUCCUCGGGCAGGUAUGGACUCUCCAGGAUGUCACCCCGGCUUCGAAUGUCCAUCUACGCCGUUGCUUCUCGGUAUGCAUCAUCUCAACAUCAAGAAUGGCUUUUAUCUCCUGAUUAUUUCGCCAUGCGGGCAGAGCAUCACGCGAAUGCUACAAAACUAACCAUAGACGAGCUCAAGGCGUCCAUUUUGCUCUGCUUACACAAAAUUGGCUCGGCAGUCACCUGGGACGCCGUGGCUGAGAUGGCACGGAUCACCCGCAUGGCAGAACUCUAUUACCGCAUCAUUGCGGACCAAGACAAAGGUUCAAGAGGCUCACGGUGCGAGUACGAGGCCGAAGAGCUACGGACCGUAUGGUGGUGUAUUUAUUCCUUGGACACAUGCUUCAGUGCAAUAGCGAUCAUGUCGCAUGCUAUGGCCGACCACGCCCAGGGCAAUAUGACGCUGCCCGUCUCGCCAGUGCCUGAUCUGACGAAACCCCCUGGGUCCGAGCAAAGAAGACUUGAGCAUAUCGGAGACUCAGAGUUGGUGCUUGCACCUGAUCUCAAGCUUUGGGAAACCAUGACCAUGGUGUUCUCCAAAUCGCCAUGCCGAGGUAGGAGCUUAUACAUCGGCGCCUGUACUUUGAUGAGAUCAGUCACGGAGCUCCGGUUUUCAGUAAAACAAGGGUGCGGACCGGCUUGGAAAGCUCGGUUCCAAGAAUUGGAGAGUGAUUGCGCCGCAACCACGCUUUCUCUGCCUGCCUGGGUCUUUAAGCCAACUCGGAACCUGGGGAUUGGGGAGACAGAAACGGAACACCGGGAUAGACUGGAGACAUUAAUUGUCUGGCAAGGUGCCUGUCUACUACAUGCUACCUUGGCUGUGCAAUUGGAUGGCACAGGUGCAGCAUCAACGGAGUCGGCAUUCCAGGGGCAGUGGCAGACCGUGGUAGCGCGAGCGAACGAGGUGCUCCACGUUGUCCAGAACUGGAAACCGGACUACUUUGAGGCCAUCGAUUCCAAGAGCGCGUAUAUCAUCCUACUUACCGGUGUUGUGCUGACGCUGGACGGGGCAAUCCAUUCGGUUGCAACGUCAUGUGGUGCACGAUCGUCGCACCACAUGGAUUUAUUAUUCCUUUUCUUGGGCCAAAUAGGCCGAUAUUGGCUCCUUGAUGUACUAAAGAAAUAUUGGGCCAACCCUCCAUUGUGUCACUCCCAUAAGUCAGCAUUUGAUAAUCUUUCGGGCAUCGUGCUUGAUAGGCAGAUACGCUUCUCUGCAGCUAACCUAGCAAGAAGUGGUGGUCCUCCAGACUCGAUGGAUUUAUUACUCUUGUCCGAGAUCACAACAGAGGUAGAAGAAAGCAGUCAAGAUGAGAGGAGCCGGGAAUGUUGGUCUAAUAAUGAGCUCGAGCUCGCGUGGGAUCUCUCCGGUACAAUCCCUGGAGAGGUCGGUUCGUCCCUAGACUGGGACUCCGUUCUUACAUAG